AGCGGAGCUGCGGUCUAGGUUCGCGAGGUGCAGACGCGCCCCGCUUGCCUGCGUGUGGCCGCGCCUCCUCGCCGGCCAUGGCAGCCACCGACGGAGUGCUCUUGCACCUCUCCGCCGCCCCCGGGACGCCCUCCAGACCCCGCACGGCCCAGGCGAGGCGGCAAGCACAGGCCACCAAAAGAAAACGCCAAGCGACCAGGGCGGCUCCCCCGGCGAAGCGGAGGAAUGAGACAUCUUCCCUCCCAGCCAAGAAGGGCGCUGCUAAGGAAACGGCGAGGACUUUGAAGGGGAGGGCAAAGAAGGUGCUUUCUGCGAAGAAGUCUUCGGCCAGUGCGAGUGGUAGGAACCAAGAGCAGAAGCCGGGCAUUAAGACUUCAUCAUUGUUUAAAAACAACCCCGAGAUUCCCGAGCUCCGCAGACCUGUAGUCAAGCAGGUGCAGGAGAAGGUGUUUUCUUCGGAAGCCUUUCACGAGCUGGACCUCCACCCACACUUAAUUUCUACAAUAAAUACAGUCUUGAACAUGUUUCAUAUGACCAGCGUUCAGAAGCAGAGCAUCCCCGCGUUGCUGGAAGGCAGAGACGCUCUCGUGAGAUCCCAGACGGGCUCAGGUAAAACUCUUGCCUAUUGCAUCCCGGUGGUCCAGUCCCUUCAAGCAAUGAAAACCAAAAUACAGCGCAAUGACGGCCCCUACGCUCUGGUGCUUGUGCCAACAAGAGAGCUGGCUCUACAAAGCUUUGACACUUUCCAGAAGCUCCUCAAGCCGUUCACCUGGAUUGUGCCCGGAGUGCUCAUGGGCGGAGAGAAGAAAAAAUCUGAAAAGGCCAGACUCCGCAAAGGGAUAAAUAUCCUUAUUUCCACUCCUGGACGCCUGGUGGAUCAUAUAAAAUCCACAAAGAACAUUCAUUUCAGUCGGAUCCAGUGGCUGGUUCUGGAUGAAGCGGACAGAAUCUUGGAUCUGGGUUUUGAGAAAGAUAUCACAGUCAUACUCAACGCAGUUAAUGCCGAGAGCCAGAAACGACAGAACGUCUUGCUGUCGGCGACUCUCACGGAAGGUGUGACGCGGCUCGCUGACAUCAGCUUGCACAACCCAGUCAGCAUUUCUGUCCUGGAUGAGAGCCACGGUCAGUGUGAGCUGGAGGACAGCGUGUUUCUGGACGCGUCCGCCCCACAGCCCAACGACGAGCUCGACGGCUUUGCCGUUCCGGAGGGCCUUGACCAGUACGUGACGCUGGUCCCCAGCAAGCUGAGGCUGGUCUCCCUGGCGGCCUUCCUCCUGCAGAAGUGCAAGUUUGAAACAGACCAGAAGGUGAUUGUCUUCUUUUCGAGCUGCGAGCUGGUGGAGUUCCACUACCACCUCUUCCUGCAGACCCUGCUGAGUGGCCUUGGGGCCCCGGCAUCCGGGCAGCCGCCAUCUGGCUGCACGCGGUUCAGAUUCCUGCGUCUCCACGGCAGCAUGGACCAGGAGGAAAGAACGGCAGUGUUUCAGGAGUUCUCACAUUCCGGCACGGGCGUCCUUUUCUGCACGGAUGUUGCAGCUCGGGGCUUAGAUCUCCCUCAAGUCACGUGGAUUGUUCAGUACAACGCGCCGUCGUCACCGGCUGAGUACAUCCACCGGAUCGGGAGGACCGCCCGCAUUGGCUGCCGCGGGAGCAGCCUGCUCGUCCUGGCGCCUUCGGAGGCAGAAUAUGUCAACUCGUUGGCUUCUCACAAAAUCAAUGUUUCUGAGAUGAAGAUGGAAGAGAUUUUGUCUGUUCUGACAAGGCACGAUUGUUUUAAAGGCAGACGACGGGGAAGCCAGGAAGCCCAGGCCGCCGGCCCCCAGGAAAUCCAGGAGCGAGCCACGAUCCUGCAGACGGUGUUUGAGGAUUACGUGCACUCCAGCGAGAAGACUGUCUCCUGGGCAAAGAGAGCCCUGCAGUCCUUCAUCCGCGCCUACACCACCUACCCGCAGGAGCUGAAGCACAUCUUCCACGUCCGCGCGCUGCACCUCGGCCACGUGGCCAAGAGCUUUGGGCUGAGAGAUGCCCCCAGAAAGCUUGGUGUCUCGGCUAUAAAGACGAGGAAAGCAAACGUGAAGAGGCCUGACCUUCGUAGGAAGACCCAGAGGAAGCACCACCUUGCUGAACUCCUGCGUUCGGAAUACUCCAGCGGGAUGGAGGCUGGCGUGGCCAGGGUCCGGAAGCAGAGCAAACCGGCCGAGCCGGGCAGCCAGCCCGGGCCAUGAGAGAGGGGAGCGCGUGCUCCGCGGAGCGGCGAGGGGCCAGGAAGCCUCGCCGAGGACUUCCCGCAGCUUCUUCACACUCUGCCUUUCAGACUCUGCCGCCACCAUGCUGGGCCUCAGAGCAGGCCCGGGGCCCGUGGCACCGGAUGGACGUCCUGUGUUCGUCAGCCCCUGAGGCUGAGCAGCACAGCCCGUCUCUCUGGGGGCGGAGUCUGGGGGGCAGGCGGUGUAGACUAGCCAGUUAACCUGUAUCUUACGUACCACGCCUGACACUUUGUAUCCAUUCCGUCGCUGCCCACAUGUAGCCUCACGCAGACCUGAUGGAGGACGGGCGCCCACGCCUUGCUGCGCGCCUGCGCCCGGCUCAGCCCGGAGCGCUGAUCUGAAGGAGUUCUGGCUUUACAAAGCCUGUGUUGGCAUGGAUUUUUGCAAUAUAAGGUGUUAAAAUCUAGAUUUAAAUUUGUAAAAGAACAGAAAAAAGUCCUUAUCAGGUCACUUUGUUGAUGUCCCAGCGCUUCAUGAGAGAGACCAGAGGGGUUCUGGUGUGGGCUAGAGCGACUCCAGUCCCUGUCCCCAGCCUGCCCCUGACUCCAUGUCACGUUCUCACACGGUCCCUCGCCCUCCGUGCCCACGGAGAAUGACUCUCUCAGGCUAAUUGAUUUACUGUUGCCUUUCUGUUAUUUGCCUUUGAAUUCAAAAGGCGCCCAGCCUGAGCCUUUUUCUCCCACUGAAUUCCAUCUUGUCUCCAAGAGUCUGGGGUCUUUGUAGCUUGGCCUGGGCCGCAGCUGCCCCUCCCCCGUUGUGUUUCCUGGGAGGUUUGAAAGAGGACCCCCAGGGCGUAUUGAUUUCUCAAUAAAUGUAAGAUUUGGACACGGCAGCUCCGGAGGCGUCCGGGGACCGGCAGCGCCUUUGCCGUCUACCCUGCCCUGUUCCCCUCUCCCCCCGACUCGCCACCUCCCCUCCUUUUUCUCGAGUUCCCAGGGUGAGUGUGGACGGCCCUCUGCAGUAGGCCCUCCAGACCCACGUGGGCCUCGUGGCCAGGACAAGGGCCCCAGUUGGGAGGGGGUCUGUGGGCACCAGGAGGCGCAGCAUCCCUGUCGGGACGCUGAGCCACGCAGGCGCCGAGCCUGUGCAGGAAGGAGAACGUGACUUGUGCAGAGUUGGCUGUCACAAAUUAUUAGGGGCAGUUGGUGAAAUUUGUAAUAAUAAUAAUAAAACCUGUAGCACACGCCAUGCUGACUUUGGGCAUAUCUGCCCAUCCUUUUAUUCUGCCGUCUGCCGUGUGGCGGUUCACAGGAUUUGGAUGAGAAGGGGGCACAAACUGUAGACGGGACCCAGCUGUGUGAGAGGUGGGCCGAUGCCAGGGAUGGGACGAUCAAAGAGAGGCCCUCUGCCUCCCGCAGAGGGGACCCCAAGACUGUCCCUGUGGGGAGGGAGGCUGGACGUGCAUGAUGUGUCGCUGGGACUCUGAGAUCAAAACUUACACUAAUUUGCUAACACUUAGGGUUUCUUGUCAUAGUAGAAUCAGUCUAUUACCCCCAGUUAAUAAAGAAACAUGGAUUUA